UCCUGUUAGCAGUUAGCCUGUUAGCUUCCCGUGAUGGCGGAUCUGAACCGGCAGCUUCAGGACUACCUGACCCGGUCCGGAUCCCGGUCCGGAUCCCAGUCCGGAUCCCAGUCCCAGUCUAAAGGAACCAGAACCACCUCCCAGUCCGGAUCCAGCACCACGGUGGACCUGGACCAGGCGGAGCCGGAUCCGGUCCCGGGGAGCUGGUUCGGGCGGUGGUCCAGACCCUGGACCGGCAGACCAGGACCAGGACCAGGACCAGGACCCGGGUCUGGACCGAGCUCUGGAGGACCCGGGUCGUGGUCGUGGCCCUGGUCCGGGUCGUGGUCGUGGUCCUGGUCUGAGCCGGACCCGUGCCUGCCUAUGAGCCGGUCUCAGCGGGUCCUGGUCCUGGGGGUUCUGGUUCUGUUGUCCCUGCUAUGUUUCAGCCUGGCGGGUCUCUACGCUCCGCUGCUGCUGGUCUACUCCCGCAAGUUCGCCCUGCUGUGGUCUCUGGGGUCCCUGUUCCUCCUGCUGGCCGCGGGGGUCCUGCUGGGACCCGGAAGACUCUGUUCCGGUCUGCAGAACUCCCCCGGAGCCGCCUGGUACCUGGUCUCGCUCUGCGGGACUCUGUACGCGGCGCUGCGGCUCCACAGCACCGCGCUGACGGCGCUGGGAGCCGGACUACAGGUCUCCGUGGUCCUGGUCUACCUGGUGGCCCUGCUGCCGGGGGGGACCGCCGGGGUCCGCCUCCUGGGGGGGCUGCUGAAGACCAGCAUCAGGAGGAGUCUGCCGGUCUGACCCGGUCUGACCCGGUCUGCAGGACGCACUGAGACUAAACCCUGAACGCUGUCCUGCAGGACGCACUGAGACUAAACCCUGAACGCUGCCCUGCAGGACACACUGAGACUAAACCCUGAACGCUGCCCUGCAGGACGCACUGAGACUAAACCCUGAACGCUGCCUGCAGGACGCAUUGAGACUAAACCCUGAACGCUGUCCUGCAGGACGCACUGAGACUAAACCCUGAACGCUGCCUGCAGGACGCACUGAGACUAAACCCUGAACGCUGCCUGCAGGACGCACUGAGACUAAACCCUGAACGCUGCCUGCAGGACGCAUUGAGACUAAACCCUGAACGCUGCCUGCAGGCCAGACUGAGACUAAACCCUGAACGCUGUCCUGCAGGACGCACUGAGACUAAACCCUGAACGCUGUCCUGCAGGACGCACUGAGACUAAACCCUGAACGCUGCCUGCAGGACGCACUGAGACUAAACCCUGAACGCUGCCUGCAGGACGCAUUGAGACUAAACCCUGAACGCUGCCUGCAGGCCAGACUGAGACUAAACCCUGAACGCUGUCCUGCAGGACGCACUGAGACUAAACCCUGAACGCUGUCCUGCAGGACGCACUGAGACUAAACCCUGAACGCUGCCUGCAGGACGCACUGAGACUAAACCCUGAACGCUGCCUGCAGGACGCACUGAGACUAAACCCUGAACGCUGCCUGCAGGACGCACUGAGACUAAACCCUGAACGCUGUCCUGCAGGCCACACUGAGACUAAACCCUGAACGCUGCCUGCAGGACACACUGAGACUAAACCCUGAACGCUGCCCUGCAGGACACACUGAGACUAAACCCUGAACGCUGCCUGCAGGACACACUGAGACUAAACCCUGAACGCUGUCCUGCAGGCCACACUGAGACUAAACCCUGAACGCUGCCUGCAGGACACACUGAGACUAAACCCUGAACGCUGCCCUGCAGGACGCACUGAGACUAAACCCUGAACGCUGCCCUGCAGGACACACUGAGACUAAACCCUGAACGCUGCCUGCAGGCCACACUGAGACUAAACCCUGAACGCUGCCUGCAGGCCAGACUGCUGCUGCUCAGAGGGACUCCUGCAGACUGUAUCUCCUCUGAGGCUCUUUAAUCAAUAACAUGUUUCUGAAGAAAAUCACUUUAAUAAGGAAAUAAAAAACUAAAGAUGG